CAUAGCCAUGCUUUCGGCCCACAGCCCACCAACGCUUGUUCACUGCGGACCGGUCACUCUUCUUCCUCAGCAAGGCGGCACCGGCACGGCACCACCGGCACGACUCCCCGCCGAUCCCCCGCUCCCUGGUCCCCGCAGCCAUGGCCUCCGAACUCCCGCUCCCGACGCCUCUCCUCCUGAUCCUGCUCUUGAUCCUUCUCCUUCCGCCACCGUGCUCCUCGUGGCAAGCGAAGGCCGACGACGACGCGUCGGUGUCGAGGUCGGCCUUCCCCAUGGACGGGGACGUGGCGUGGGUGGUGCAGGUCAGCGACCUCCACAUCAGCGCCUACCGUCCGGAGCGCGCCGCUAACCUCGCGCGCCUCCUCGGCAAAGCCCUGCGCGCCAUCCGGCCCCACCUCCUCCUCGUCACUGGCGACAUCAUCGACGCAAAGAAUCAGGGAAGAACUACCUCAAGACAGGAUGAAUACGAAUGGAUUACCUACAAGAAAACUAUUGAUGCAAUUGUUGGAAGAGGUGGCAUUGAUAAGAGCAGGAUAUUUGAUAUUAGAGGCAAUCAUGAUACAUAUGGAGUGCCCUAUAGAGGAGGAAAAUUGGACUUCUUCUCAACUUACAGUGUGAACUCACAGCUUGAGCGAUUAAGCAUCAUCAGUAGUAUAUUGCUUCAGGGAGACAGUAGAAGCUACCUCUUCCUGGGCAUUGAUGAUACAAUGAGUGUUGGCAUACGGUUUCCUGCAAAUCUAUUUGGUCAUCCAACCGAUAAGAGGAUUGAAGCAGUAAAUUCAGAACUCCAAUACCGGACCAAUCAUUCUAAUGCUCCAAUUACAAAAGUUGUUUUUGGACAUUUCCCCAUGUCAUUCACUACAUCAUCUGAAAACGGACAGCGCUACGAAAGUGUGUUUGCAAGGCAGUCAAUUUCAGCGUACCUAUGCGGCCAUCUGCAUGCAAAAGUUAGUAAGCAGCUUUGGAGGUAUCAUGAAAUGAGAAUAACAACAGAAGAUCACAAGUCAAGCUUUUGGGAAUGGGAACUUGGAGACUGGAAGGACUCUAGAUUGAUGAGGAUUUUAGCAAUAGAUAGAGGUGCAGUCUCCUUCAUAGACCACACAUUAAAACAGGCACUCCAAACUUCCAUCUUGGUCACAUAUCCGACAGAUUCAAGAAGCAUGAAUAUGUUGGAAUCAAAGAAGUGGUCAAUGAGAAAUGAUAUAAAUGUUCUUAUUUUUUCUCAUCAAAUUAUCCGUAAUGUGAGUGCAAGAGUCUUCGACUCUCAUAAUGAGUUUAAGAUAGUUGAGGAGAUACCUUUGCAGCCUGUUGCCAGCUCUUCUGCUCGCAGACCCUUGUUCCAUGCCAAAUGGAAUGCUGAAACCUACAGAAGUCCAUCCCCUACUCGCUACUGGUUGCAGGUAUUUGUGCUUGAUUCUCGUGGUGUAAAGACUUCAAGUGAGCAGAAACCAUUUUCAGUCGAGGGUAAGAUGGCAAUUCCCCCACGCCCAUGGCUCAACUACCUGGUCUUUGAAGUCCAAUGGGAACACAUGUAUCAAGUUCUUCUGAGGAGUAAUUUGGCCUUCACCAUUGUAUUGUUGUUCACCCCCAAACUGUUGUAUUAUUUUGUUAGGAGAAGUUCAUCGUACCAAAGAUGGGCUGUGUCAGUUCUAUCAUCCCCUAUCCAGCAGAGAAAGGCUUACUUUUGGUUGGUCUGGUUCUUAAUGGAGGGUGCAAGGAGUAAACCUUUCUGGUUUUCUCUUGUCAUAUAUGUGCUCUGGCUCAUCGAAAUGCCAUGGUUUUGGGGUCGCGCGACAUCUGAAAAUGGAGAAAUUGCUCGAAUGUAUUUAUCUGGAUGGAGUAUGCCAUUUUUUGACAGGGGCUUGACGGGUGACAAACUGAGCAACCCAGAUGUGCUAGUCAUCACACUACCUUUCCUAUAUCUGGUGGUUGUCCCUGUAAUAGUUCUUAUAUAUGGCUUGUUUGCAGAAAAGGCUAUUGCUUAUUUGCGACAUAGCAGAAGAACAGAAUAUGCUGCUGAUGCAGCAAAUAUGUCUGCCGAAUCGGCAAGCUUGCUACCAGGUGCUCCAAGGGCUUUACUAACGAAAUUCUCUAACAAGAUGGUGUCCUUGAUGAUCCAGUUUUGUGGUGGCUGGACAAGGAGGGCUCUUCUACUUGCAUGUUUGAUCACUACAGCGAUACAUUUAAAGCUUUGUUCAAUGCUAAUGUCCGCUUAUGGAGCAGCACCAGUGGCAUUGUCUCCCCCAUUAACUUGGAUGCCACUGUUAUUAUUAGGUGCUGCUGCCUAUUGUACAAUGCUCCCUGCAGAUUAACGCCUAGAGAGUACUUGAUGUUGUUGUAUAUUAGAGCGUGAGCUGACACGAACGGCUAGUCUCCCCAAAUCAAGGACCAGAUGUUGUAUCCUCACUCACUGAACCAUGGGUAGGCCACACCUGUUGCUCCUUAUCCUUUGAACCUGACAUGGUAGUCUUCACCUCAUCACCUGUAGUUCCUUGGCCUUUCCAUAGAGGUAUAUAUACAGGCCGCUGAAAACCAGCGAACUGACUAACUAGCUGUCACAAAACAGCAACAUGUAUCUGUUAUGGCACAAAAAGAAUAUAUGAUUACAUACAUCAGAACAGCUAGACGAUCAAACUAUCAUCUUUAAUAGUAAAUACUGUAAGCCAAAUUCACAAACUGGAUUGCAACAUCCGUAAACCAUAGUAAGGUCGAGAUUAAGCAAUCAGAGUAUAAUGUUUUUUAAGCUACAUUGUUUACUAUCUCUGGUUUGAAAUAGAUGUCAUACCAAAAUGCACACUAUCAACAUUUAAAUCUUUUUGACCGUUAAUAAAUGUUAAACAUCUAAAUUUGCCACAUGAAAAUUGGAUUAGUAGAUUCGCCACAAAAAAAAAAUCCAAUGUCACUUAUUUUGAAGCCAUACUAAAAUCAACACUAUCAACAUUUUAAAAGUAUUACAAUUAACAAAUGUAAAAUCAUUUAAAAUUGUCACAUGAAUAUUGUAUUAGUAGGUUUGCUUACACAUAACUAGAAAACCAAAAAAAAAAAAAAAAUCCGACCUGCGUGUUCUUUCUAGAGAGGUCCUUGACUUUGCUGUUUCCACCAUCUAUCAUCUCCGUAGAACCUAUGAGGCACCCUCAACUAUCGUAAUUGGUGCAGGCCUGCACGGCUAUGCUUGAUGAGUUUCAAGCACUUCGUACCAAUCGUGCUCGGGACAUUUUUUAGUGAGACGAAUCGCGCUCAGGAGUCAGGACUUGGUGCCUUGCCCUCCCAAUGGCAAGCAAAAGCUGGAUUGCUUUCUCACUCACUAGAAGGCUCUAUGGGUCCUUUGAAGCUCCUUCCGCGUGAAUGAGAAAAGAUAUUCAUUGUGUGCAUUUCCUCCGCGUUUUCAAUCACAAAUCCCACGUACCGCCUGUGACAAUGCAAUCUAGGCGCACUUGCAAGCACAUUUACAGUCAUUAAUCAUCCAUUAAGAUUUUAUCUUUUUCAGUUUUUAGUUGGAGCGGCUUAUACCAACUAUUCUGUUUCCACCUUUACUGUAUAGCUUGGAACCAGUUUUGCUUCUCCGACUAUACUAAUAUAAUGACAGCACUUUGCUGG